GCCCGCCAUUGAAGCAUCCAAGGCCCUUGGGCUCAUCACGACACCAUGUUGCAGCCACGGAUAUGUCGAUUCCAGCCCUCGCGCCUGGGUAGGGCCCUUCUGAGUGCCCGCACCUACGCCCAAGCCAUCGAUAUCCAACCUCCGCCAUCGAUUCAGCCUACGGUUGCUGCGGACACGGGCGUGCUGAAACAAGAGGGAUCGCGAAAAGAAAAGUUUAUCCCAUUGCGGACGUACAAGCCUAGGACUCCCGGUCUGCGUCAUCUCAAGCGGCCCGUAAACGACCACCUGUGGAAAGGACGACCGUAUCUCAGUCUCACGAUUGCACGCAAAGGUCAGCACCUCGGAGGCAGGAACAACACAGGGAGAGUCACGGUGAGGCAUAGAGGUGGCGGACACAAGCGGAGAAUACGCAUUGUCGACUACAAGCGGUACCUGCCUGGCAAGCAUGUUGUGGACAGGAUCGAAUAUGAUCCCAACCGGAGCGCUCAUCUAGCUCUCGUCACCCGUGUGGCUACUGGCGAAAAGUCGUACAUUGUUGCUGCAGAUGGAAUGCGGGCAGGCGAUGUGGUAGAGAGCUACAGGACCGGUAUUCCCAAGGAGUUGAUUGCCAGCAUGGGCGGUGGUAUCGAUCCAGGUAUGCUGGCCGCAAAAACUGCAGCCCGUGGCAACUGUCUCCCCAUUCACAUGGUGCCGCUUGGUUCGCAAGUCUUCAAUGUUGGUUCCAAGAACCAGGGUGGGGGUGUCUUUUGCCGAAGCGCGGGCACGUAUGCCAUCAUUGUGAACAAGGAGGAGGUUGAAAAGGGCAACAACACAGCCAUCAGGCAUGUUAUCAUUCGGCUGCAGAGUGGUGAGAUUCGCAAGGUCAGCGCAGAUGCAUGCUGUACCAUUGGUGUAGCCAGCAAUCCUCAAGCACACUUUACAUCUCUCGGAAAGGCUGGACGUUCACGGUGGCUGGGAAGGCGACCCGAAGUUCGUGGUCUCGCCAUGAACGCAGCCGACCAUCCUCACGGUGGUGGUCGUGGUAAAUCAAAGGGUAAUGUCCACCCCGUCAGCCCAUGGGGAACUCCAGCAAAGGGAGGCUACAAGACGAGGCACAAGAGGAACAAACAUACCUUCCUCGUUCAAGAUCGGCCGCGUAACCAAGGAAAGCGCAGGUCCAAGUAGAUUCACAUUGGAUGUAUUAUAUCAUGCUGUAUCAUAUUUCAGUUACAUGACACCUGCCUAUGAAUAUGCAUGAGUAGGCUAGCUA